AUGUCAAUUGAUAGCAUCAAAGAGGAUCUAGUGAGCCAAGGUAUCGCAGGCGCCGAGGUUCAACAGAUGAAGACCAGGAACACCAAUCAGCCGCUACCGCUCUUCCUCGUGAAAACGGGGAUGGCGGAAAAGCUGCAGGGGGUCCAGAAGCUGGCCAUGCUCACGGUCAGCUUCGAGAAGAAAAAAAGAUCGACCGAGCCCAGCCAAUGCUACCGCUGCCAGCGGUACGGACACACGCAGCGAAACUGUCGUCUCGCUGAACGGUGA